GAAAGGAAGGCGAAGCUGAGCGGGGCAAAGCGGCCGGGCGAGGCAGGCGGCGAGGGAGUGGGCGGAAGCGGCGCCUCGGAGGGCCAGGUGGGCGAUCGCCGGGAAGGGAGCGCGGGGGGCGGCGGCGGCGCGGCGGCAGAGCCUGCGUGGCUGGCUGGUGAUCGACGGAAGGGACGCUGCCGAGCCAGCCGCGGGUGCACGGAGAGGGCGCGUCGCCUUCGCCAGAGCUUCGUUCGGUAGUACCCCGGCUGAGUUCAUCCGAGGGUGGGACUGGAAGACCCAUCUGGCAAGGCAGAUGACCACCUCUCCACAGAGAGUUUCUGUUGUGCUUUCGAGUACUCAGAGUGCUUUGUGUUCAUGACCCCGGCAAUCCAUACAACAGCUCUGUAAGAUGUUGUGGGCCAGGGCUGCAGGUUACCCACUUCUGACUUACGUGGCUGAAAACUGAAGGAGGAAGCAUGUGGGCCUUUUUCUCCCCUUCCCUGCAGAAAGAAAGGAUGAACGUCCGCUGCUGCCUCCUGGUAACUCUCUGCCUUUGCAGCGCUGACUUCGGCAGCCCCUCUGAGCGCUGUGAUGACUGGGGAGUGGAUACCAUGAAGCACAGGCCGGUCUAUAAUGGAGAGCCAGCCAAAAUCAGAUGCCCGCUCUUUGAAGCCUUUCUGAAGUACAAUUACAGCACGGCCCAUUCAGCUGGCCUAACCCUCAUCUGGUACUGGAUUGGGCGAGGCCAAGACCUAGAGGAGCCCAUCAACUUUCGCCUCCCUGACAACCACAUCAGUAAGGAGAAAGAUACCCUCUGGUUCCGCCCUGCGCUUCUCAACGACACCGGGAACUAUACGUGCAUGCUCAGAAACACCACCUACUGUAGUAAAGUCGCUUGUCCCCUAGAAGUCGUUAACAAAGACCCUGGUUCCUGUGUCAGCCAAGCUAUCAAGCCAGAAGAAGUGCUCAUGUAUUUGGACUCCACCAACAAGAACCUCACCUGCCCGGACGUUCAAGGGUUUUAUCCAGCCAGCAUCAAGCCAACGGUCCGAUGGUAUAAGAAAUGCACCCUUGUGGAUAAUUUCACUGAACGGUAUCCCAAUGGCAUCAACCUGACCUUUGUGUUCGUCCGCGAGUCAUACCAGGACGACUACACGUGCAUCGUGAGCUACAAAGAGAAUGGUCGGGAUUUUAAGCUCACCCGAACUUUGCGGGUAAAGGUGGUAGGGUCUCCAGACAAAGCAAAGGCCCCACUGAUAGUCACUCCAAAUGACAGAGUCGUCUAUGAAUACAGACCAGGACAAGACCUCGUUCUCAGUUGUGAUGUCCGUUUCACGUUCCUGAAGGAUUCUCCGCAAGAGGUCUGGUGGCUGAUUGAUGGGAAACGCCUAGAUGACAUCACCGAGCUCAAGUUCAACAUCUCCUAUAAGGAGACCCCCUUACAAGUUGGAGACCUGAAAAUUGAAAAGACUCUGGUUGUGCCGAAGGUCACGGAGAAGGACUUGAAGCGCAACUACACAUGCUGCGCCUACAACCUUAAAGGGACGGUUCACUUGCAGGCACUGGUGAAGAUGGAAGUUCCCACACCGAGGUACACAGUGGAGCUCGCCUGCGGCUUGGGAGCGACUGUCCUCCUUGUGGUCCUCCUGACAGUCAUCUACCACUUCUACUGGCUCGAGAUGGUUCUUUUCUAUCGGGCUCAUUUUGGGACAGAUGAAACCAUCCUAGAUGGGAAGGAGUAUGACAUUUAUGUCUCCUAUGCGAGGAAUGCCGAGGAGGAAGAGUUUGUGCUGCUGACGUUGCGGGGAGUUUUGGAGAACGAGUUUGGCUUCAAGCUGUGCAUUUUUGACAGAGACAGCCUCCCCGGGGGAAUUCUCACGGAUGAGACUCUGGGCUUCAUCCAAAGAAGCCGGCGCCUCUUGGUCGUACUGAGCCCAAACUAUGUCCUUCAGGGCACUCAGGCUCUCCUGGAGCUUAACGCUGGCCUGGAGAACAUGGCUUCCACGGGCACCAUCAAAGUGAUCCUUGUCCAGUACAAAGCCAUCAAGAAGAGCAAGGUCAAAGAACUCCGGCGGGCUAAGGCUGCCCUCACCGUCAUUAAGUGGAAGGGCGAGAAGUCGAGUUACCCGCAGGGAAGGUUCUGGAAGCAGCUGCUGGUGGAGAUGCCCGUCAAGAACACAUCCAAGAUCUCUGUGGAUAAGCUAAAUCUCUCCUGCCCUUCCCUACAAUAUGUCUGAGGAAGGGGAGGCUUAGAGUCCAGCAACGGGGUGGGGAGAGAAAUAGCUGGCUCUGAGCGAGGAGAUCUUUUUGUGGGGAGAGGGAGAUGUAGGAUGCUGUCUCCAUCACUUCAGGACACAGCUGCCUCCUCACUCAGGUGCUCCAGCUGAGCCCAGCUUGCCCGCCUUUCUGUUCGUCAGGUCCAACCUGCGUGUUUUCUUGUGUAUGGUGCCUCCUCAUUGGAAAUGCACAUGUAAAGCCAAAAUGUUUUCAUCCAGUGAGGACCUGAUGUCCUUGCAGGAGGAAGGGAGCUGGGUGCCUGAGGGGUUGGCCUCCCACUUUUGGGAGAUCUCGGGAGCACAUUAGGCCCAUCGAUCCUCUGGCCUAGAGGGUCACAGUGAUAUUUUUAACUUGUCUGAGCAGGAUAAGGGCCUCUCCUUAACCCAAAACACAGAAUUGGGAGCCAGCAUCUCUGCUUCCAACACUAGUCUGCAAAGUAGGGAUUGGUAUGGGGUUGUUUUUCCCCCUCACUGUUCUCCCAGAAUGAAUGUGGACAGCUCAUUCAUUCCAUAGCAGAACAUCACAGAGAUCUCUGGGCAGAAUCUGAGAAAACAGUAAAUGACAAAAGUGGAAGCAAUAUGGGAUAGUGGACUGCAGUCAGCACAACAAGCCAAGUUAGGACUCUCAGGGUCAAAAGGGCCAGUUUUUUGCUUAUUCUUUUUUUGAAAUGUUCUCCAAAAAUGUUAGUAAAGGCACUAAGGCCAAGCUGUUUCUGAAUCAAGUUGAAGGGAGUUCACACCUCGCCAGAUCUGUAUUGUUCCACCUUGUCUCAGUAACUGAUCCAGCACUUGGUACUGUUCAUCAUUCCCAAAGGGGAGUUGGCAUCCUGACAUUCCUUCCACCCUCAACCCUUAUCCUGACUCUAGAGAAGAAACUCAGGAACUGCACUUGGCAAACACUGUAGUAUAUAUCACUACAACGUGAUGAGACGGAGGGACAAGCUAAGUGGCUGGCUAAGUUAGGAGAACUAAGAGGACUUUUUUUAAGACCUCCCUUCUGCUUCUUACUUGAGCUAGCUUGUCUCUGUUGGUAUCCAUUAAAUUUGGUUCAAAUGGACUAGCACAGGGACGGUGAACCUGUUGCCCUCCAGAUGCGGUUGGACUCCAGUUCCCAUCAGUCCCAGUCACGGGUGGCCAGUGCCCAUUGGAGCUGGUCAGCUGGAAGGCAGGAAGGCCAGCAGCUGGUGGAACUAGGGAUCCAACAACAGGCAAAGCCAAUUCUAGUGUCCCUGCUGAGUUCUGCAAGGGGCAGCACUGUUGGCAGUCAGUGCUACCCUCUUGGCUGAGUGUAAGCAAGAAGGCUGGCAGGUGUGGGCCAGCUGGACGCUGGUGGAGCGCUGCCCCAUUCGCUCUUAGCCUCCACUGCCCAGCCAACAUGGCCAACGCUCGGGGACGACGGGAGAUGUAGUCUAGCAUUACUUGACGCAGAUGUUGACACAGGUUCUUCAGCUUUUCACUAGCAAGAUGACUACAGGGUGGUCAACAGGCAGUCUUUUGAUUGCGGACAUUAAGGCUACAAUCCUAACUCCAUUUUACCUAGGAGUAAGCCCCACUGAAUUCAGCAGUACUGCUUUCUAGGUGAACUUAGUGGUUAAGGUGUUGGACUACGACCUGGGAGACCAGGAUUUGAAUCCCCACAUAGCCAUGAAGCUCACUGGGUGACCUUGGGCCAGUCACUGCCUCUCAGCCUCAUGAAAACCCUAUUCAGAGGGUCGCCAUAAGUCAGAAUCGACUGAAAGGCAGUACAUUUACAUUUGUUGUUGUUUUUUUGGUCAGGCUUGCAGCCUAAGGCCACAAACUAAAGACCUCCUUUCAGUCCAGUCCAGUCCAGUCCUUGGCUGCUCCAAGUGUCAAGGUGAGCAACUCGUCAGCCCUGCAAAUCCAGCCUACUUAGUGAGGCCAUCUGCCUCCACCCCAAAUUGCCCAACCUCACAGCAAUGUGGAGGAUCAGGAUUUGUGGCAAAGGGACUUGGUGAAAGGUUCCUUGCUGAACCUUUGCCCCUUUGAACAGUGCUGCCCCCCAAAUCCUGGGGAGAGUGAGAUGUUGUUCACAAGUUGAAAGCCCCAGGGCUGCCUGCAGAUUUACUUGCCCACUUCCCUGCACUGCAGCGUAAUAGAGGGCUUGUUUCAAGUCCCCUUCAGCAUUUCCCAUUAGCCUUCACUUGGUCCCCCCUUCUCUAGACUGGAAAGCCAUGUGUGAAAUGUGCUUGCUCUCUCUCUCUCACUGUAAUGUUCAGUAUUAUUUCUCAUGCCAUUUGCCUUUACACUGCCUAGAGAGUAAAACUGAGACUCUCACGUUUACAGAUAGCUCUCUCACUUAUGACACUGGCAGGUCAGCCCCACAGGGUGGAAUCUGUCUUGUUCCCAGGUUUGAUGUAGCAUUUUUCCAACUUUCAUUUCUUGCCUUGUAUUUUUUACAGACACACACACACACACACACACCCUCUGGGUGCUGAGGCCUCCCUUUUACUUAACGGAGAUGUGACAUGCAACAGCCUUCCUCAGUGGCUGUGGCUGAUAGCCCAAAGACCUGGAGGGCACCAAGUUGAGGAAGGCUGCUGUACAAAGAUGAGACUGAGGAUUUCCUCACUUCAUAUUCUGUUGUUGUUGUUGUGUCAUUUUUGCUAACAUGAGACCAGUUCUGUUCCCCCUCCCUUUCUAUAUUUUGUUGUAGCAUCCACUUUGACAAGUCACAUUGUUGCCUCAUUUUAAUUUUGCUUUGUUUUGCAUUGCAUUUAAAUAAAGCACUUAUUUUGAUAAUUUU